CAAAAUUAGUAUUAAAACAUGUCCGGUUGUGAAGAUAAUGCAUCCGAGCAUACCUAUUGCUCGUUGAUAGAACGUAGAAAAUCCCUUAAAAACGAUUGUUCGAAUAUUAAAAGAAAAAGAUCAAGUAUCGAGAGCUUAGAAGAUGUUUGGAAGAAAAUUAAAGAACAAAUUGAACAGUCAGAGAUAACGAACGGUUCUGAUAUUUUAGAGCAUAUGAAUCUAAUACAUACAUUGAAAGUGAAUAAAAAGCAGGAAAGUAUGAGAAAAAAGAUAUACUCGUAUUUAAGUAAUUUAUUAUUGCAAGCCACAUCAGUGAACAAUCGUCCAUGCGAAUCCUCAAAUAUUCAACACGAUACCAUUAAUGAGCGGAACGAUUGUAUGAAUUCGCUAAUAACACAUUCAGAAGUCACCAACGAGACAUUUUGUAACGAGAAUAAUCCGGUCGAAAUUAUCGAUUUGUCGAUUCCCAAUUCUUACAUUUCUCAAGCCGAAAAUGUAAAUAUGCUAUUUCCAACGACUCCUGCAAACAGUAACUUCGUCUCUUUCAAAACCGAUAUGUUGUCAAAUCAGUACUACGUCACAAACUCGAACCAGUCCAGUACCAAAUACAUCGUGCUGGAUAUUAACAAUUUAAGUCCAGACUUGUUUUUAACCCAAGAAGCCAAUCUGAAAUUAUCUAAUUUAGAAUUUCCUUUAACUGAAGAACCGAGCGUACCCCACGCUAUCGAAGAAAUGGAUAAUUUAAACAAACAGAUAAAUUACAACAAUGAUUCGGAACAAAUAUUUGCUGAUGAUACUCAAAGAAUUCAAUCUAUCGAAAGGCCAUCAACUUUAUUUCAUACCGCUGAAGAACCGGAUAAUUCAAAUAACCAAGCUAUUAUUAGCUAUCAAAACCACAAUGUACAUAUUAUUAAUGAAGAAGCUGUUAACAGUUCUCAAGAACUCCCAAUUAUCCAAGGAACAACAACAUUCUUUCAAACUAUCAAAGAAAAGAAUGAUACAGAUUUUAAAAAAGAAUCUGACAAACCAUUGAUUCUUAGUUCACAAAUUAUCCCAAAUAUGAAUCUAAAACCAACCUCCACUAGUACCAUGGAAGUCCUGAAUAUCGUAAAUAACCAGAUGAAUUCAAACCUCAGCAAACGAGAAGAGGAUUUUGUUAACAACACUAAAAAAUUCCUAAACAUCCUGCAAGUGCCGAGUAACGUUUUGAAAGACAUCACUCGCAUCAAAAUGAACCAGAAAUGCGGGAGGCUGCCUCUAUCGCUCAUGCAGGAAUAUUACAAUCAAAAAAUCGAUAACAUGGUCUACAACGCCAGUUUGAAUUUGCAAACAUGGAACGAGCUUAGUACGGGGAUCAAAGAAUUGAACAUCUUGAGCAAAGAAACUUGGAGUUACAUGCACCGCAGUUUGGAGGAAGCAAAGGAUAACGAUCCAAUCGACGAGGCGAUGAUAUUUAAACAGAUAGAAGAAGAAGUGAUAAGUCAUUUGGAUCCCAGCGAUCUCGAGGAGUUUGAUUUGAAACUCAUGUUCCAAUCGAAUUUUCAAAAACUCCAGCGAUUCACGAGACCCAAAUGUCCUAAAUCUUCGUUAAUAUCCCAAGAGGAGAGCCAAGACGAUCCAGAUGUUUUAAGACAUUUGUACUGGAAUGAUUUGUAACAUUUCAUGUAGGGAAUUUCAUUAAGUU